AUGUCCGCAUCCGACUCGUACGUGAUGUCCGACAUGGCCACCUCAGAAGCCCAUGACGACGACCUCGACUCGUUGCCCUCGAUAUCCAGCGACCUGCUGAGCUCCGAGGCCAGCGAGAGCCCCAGCGACGCGCAGAAGGAGUGGGAGGAGAGCCUGGAGCAGAUCCAGCUGCUGCUGACCAUGGUCGUCGUGCCCUUCGCGGGCAAGUACCUCGGGAGGAAGUUUGCGUAUUGGAGCUGGGCACGAUACAUGGAGUGGGCGCACAACGUUGACAUACGGUGGACCAACAAGAAGACCUGGCAGGCCGCGGGUGUCGCUGAGGCGGCUGCUACGUUAUGA